AUGGAAGAACAGUUCCAACUGUUAUUUGAUAAUAUGAAGAUGGAAAUGCAGAAACAAACAGCUGAACUAACUGAAUCACUUACCAAAAACUUAAUGGAUAGGAUGGAUGAGAAACUUACUCCUAUCAUUGAAGAAAACGAACAAUUAAAACAAAAAGUUAGCGAUCUAGAGAAAGAGAUGGAAUAUUUGAAAAGAGAAAAGAAAAAAGAAAUACCUCUUCCCCCAAGCCGACUGGUCCUCGUGGGGGAUAAAGACCACAACCCUCCAACAAUACAAAAAAACAACUACAAAGAUACAAAAAUAUACGUCGCAGCCCUUAACGUACUCACGUUGAAGAAUGAAGAAAAUCUUAUAGAAUUAACAAAUGCCUUAAAUAAAAUUAAAUGGGAUAUCGUCGGCCUCAGCGAAGUAAGAAGAAUGGGUGAAAGAAUUAUUUCUCAGCCAGACUUCCUCCUAUACCACAUUGGAACGACGCCAGGACACCAUGGCGUUGGUUUCAUCGUCAAAAAAUAUCUUGAAAAAUCUGUAGAAGAAUUUAUAGGUAUCUCGGAGCGCAUAGCAAUGAUGAAUUUAAAGUUACCGGGAUAUAAAGAUUCAUGGUCUAUAGUACAAAUAUAUUCACCAACAGAACAAUCUGACCUGGAAACAAUUGAGGAAUUCUACCUUGACUUAAAUAACACUAUCCAAGAACGUGCCCACAAUAACUUAAUCGUCAUGGGAGAUUUCAAUGGCCAAAUUGGAGCUAAACGUCCAGGAGAAGAGACAAAAAUAACUUAA